GAAGUUGCUGCCCUCGUUAUCGACAAUGGCUCUGGCAUGUGCAAGGCCGGUUUCGCCGGUGACGAUGCUCCCCGCGCCGUCUUCCCUUCUAUUGUGGGCCGUCCUCGCCAUCAUGGCAUCAUGAUCGGCAUGGGCCAGAAGGACUCGUAUGUCGGUGAUGAGGCGCAAUCCAAGCGUGGU